AUGACGAUAAUUUCGACAACGACUAGUGCUACUGUCCCAGUAAUCGGAUGGCCCAAAGUAACCCUCCCCGAUAGGGAAGGCACAGUCCUAACCGGUAUCACGGUGCAAUACAACGAACCAGACUUCCUUCGAGUCAACAAAUCUGUAGACGCUUAUCUGGGGGUUCGCUACGCCGAACCACCGGUCGGACCACUUAGGUUCCAAGAUCCGAAGCCGUACGCCUACAGAGGAAACUACAACGCGACGGAGGACCAAGAUAUGUGCCUACAGAUGAUGGUUCUUGACUAUCUUCCAGACCUACCAGGGCAACCGAUUGAAGGGCGGAAGAUGGGGGAGGAUUGUCUCUUUCUUAGUAUCUACACCCCAUCACCAAAGCCCGCCGUCCCAUCCCCAGUUCUUGUUUGGAUUCAUGGUGGAGGAUAUUUGAUAGGUUCGGGCUCAGCUCGUUCAUAUGAUGGUGUUCCAAUGGUAGCCAUGUCUGACAUCAUCGUAGUCGCAGUCAACUACCGCCUCGGUGUCCUUGGUUUCUUGACUACGGGAGACGAUGUGGUACCGGGUAACAUGGGUAUGAAAGAUCAGAUAUUAGCUCUCAAAUGGAUACAAGAAAAUAUAAGAGCUUUUGGUGGUGACCCAGAAAGUGUGACGAUUGCUGGGCAGAGUGCAGGAGGUGCUAGCGUGAGUCUUCACAUGCUAUCUCCACUUUCAGAAGGUCUAUUCCAUCGUACCAUCAUGCAGAGUGGGAACGCAAUAUGUCCAUUCGCCUGGGCUAAUCUGGACACCUGUAUUGCUGAUACCCACGAGUUUGCAGCAUCUCUAAACUGCACUACAUCAAACAGCCAGCUAAUGUUAGAUUGCCUACAAGAUAUUGACGCCCAUGUGCUUUUACAUGAACAAAGGUAUGGAAGCGGAUAUUUUGCGAAACCGGUCAUCGACGGCCAUUUCCUGCCGGAUAAUCCAAUCGAAAUGGUGAAGAGGCAUCAGUUUCAGAAGCUACCGACUUUAAUAGGAACAACUGAAGAUGAAGGUUCUAAUAAUGCGAUGUACCAGUUCUUCCCUGCUUCUCUAUUCUCGCGACCGACACUGAAUAUAUCCGAAUUACGAAGCAUCUUGCCACGGAACCUCUGGUUUGCGAAAGAUCCGAUAGAGAUAGCCGCAGUCGAGCAAUUGUAUGUUGAUUGGUCUUUAGCUGACGACGCAUCCGCGGAUCAGUUCGACGUCUUGAUCCGUGUCGGGACCGACCAGACAUUCACCUGCCCGACAGAGUACCUUGUUCGUGAACUGGAGAGGGCGGAUGUUGAGUUGUACCGAUAUGAAAUGACACACGACCCAUCCUGGUCAUUAUUUGGGGGCAUCCCGAAGUGGAUGGGGGCAGCUCAUGGGGAAGAUAUCCAGUAUCUAUUUGCGUGGGAUUUGAACCCAUCAUACGAACGUGUCGUAGGACAGACAAACGAGGAGAAGUUCAUGUCUGUCGAGUUCAUGAGAUAUUGGUCAAACUUCGUUAAAUCUGGUAAUCCGAAUGAACCGAAUGGGAGUGUACGUUAUCCCGAGUGGCCUAGAUACACUUUGCCCGGCCAAGAAUACAAACAGUUGUCACUGAACAUGACCAAUGGACGGGCGAUGAGGGCGUCGUUCUGUUCUUUCUGGUUGAACCAUUGGACGAAUCUCCAUUACCUCGCAGCCUCUCCUGAUGAUCUUUAUGGAGACUGGCAAGAUCAUUACGAAAGAUGGCGCGACAUUGAUAUGAAGGAUUGGACUGCUGAAUUUGAAGAUUACAAGACAAAUCGAUGCCCAGACGACACCACCUGA